UUGUAGAAAUUUGCCUGAUGCACCCCCUGGAUGUGGUGAAAACCAGGUUCCAGAUUCAGAGAUAUGCAACUGAUCCAAACAGUUAUAAAAGCUUAGGGGACAGCUUUCGUAUGAUCUUCCGAACAGAAGGGUUGUUUGGUUUUUACAAGGGAAUUCUGCCACCCAUCUUAGCUGAAACACCAAAAAGAGCAGUGAAGUUUUUCACCUUUGAGCAGUACAAGAAAUUGCUAGGAUAUGUGUCACUGUCACCAGCAUUGACAUUUGCCAUUGCUGGAYUGGGAUCUGGACUAACAGAAGCCAUCGUGGUUAACCCUUUUGAGGUAGUAAAAGUUGGCUUGCAAGCUAAUCGGAACACAUUCACAGAGCAACCAUCCACCUUAAGUUAUGCAAGACAAAUCAUUAAGAAGGAAGGCUUGGGACUCCAGGGCCUCAACAAAGGAUUUACAGCAACUUUGGGACGUCAUGGAGUUUUCAACAUGGUUUAUUUUGGCUUCUACUACAAUGUCAAAAACAUUAUUCCUGUCAAUAAGGAUCCAACCUUGGAAUUUUUGAGAAAAUUUGGGAUUGGUCUUCUCUCGGGGACAAUAGCCUCAGUCAUUAACAUCCCUUUUGAUGUUGCCAAAAGUAGGAUUCAAGGACCUCAGCCAGUUCCUGGAGAGAUCAAGUACAGAACCUGUUUUAAAACAAUGGCAACAGUCUAUCAGGAAGAAGGGAUUUUAGCCUUGUACAAAGGACUGCUUCCCAAAAUUAUGAGACUUGGACCAGGUGGUGCAGUGAUGCUGCUGGUUUAUGAAUACACCUAUUCAUGGCUGCAAGAGAACUGACUAGGAACUCCAGAUGUCAAUUGGAGUUUUACAAGAUCAAAGGAAGACUAUGGCCCUGAGAGUUCAUCUGCUCUUUCUGCUUAUUCUUCUCAGAAGUUGUAAUCCUCUGUUUGUAGCACUAGACUUCAGUUGCUUUAGAAAUAAAUGCAGUUCAAAGCUCUCUAUAAGUUAUCUGCUGCUUGCAAAAAAACAGUUCCUAGAACAUUACUUGUAUGUCAGAAAUCUGCUUAGUGUUUACAACCUAGUGAUUUGAAAAACUAACUGAUCUAGCCAUCUAAGUAUUAAAGGAAGCCAUGAAACCUAUGAGGCAGAACUGGAUUGCCAUGUCGCUGUGCACAGCACAGAUAUGAAGAAGUUGAAAUCACUCAAUGAAUGCAUCUUUAACAUCCAUAUCUAAUGAGGUGCCCUUUUAGUUAUUGCACAGAAUUAAUACCAAAAAAGCCCACAAUAUAUUAAUUUUCCAAUAGAUGAAUUGUACCAAUGUUCUAAAAAUGUAUUUUAAAGCCUAUAUUGCCAAGCAGGAAUAAUUUCCUAAACAGAAGGUAUAAGAACUGUAGAAUUU